ACGCCAUCUCGUGGAGCAUGCCGGGAAUCGUAGUUCCUACCGGCCCGUGACACCCGAUGGAAGUUGUAGGCCAUCCGUGGAGCAUGCCGGGAGUCGUAGUCCGCGCGCGCUCUCGGUGUUCUGUGCGCUUCAUGGCCGCUGGCAUUACGCUGUCCUACUCUUUCGCUCGGCCCUAGAAAGUUUCGUUUCUGCCCGGCGGUGGACCCACGAGCGUGUGCCAGCAUGGAGUCUGACCACUGCUGACUGAAGUGACACUCCAAGAAAGAGGAACACCAUGGCUUCUAGCAGUGCUGAGACCCAGCUCCAGAGGAUCAUCCGUGAUCUUCAAGAUGCAGUGACAGAACUAAGCAAUGAAUUUAAAGAAGGAGGAGAACCGAUCACAGAUGACAGCACCAGCUUGCACAAGUUUUCCUAUAAACUUGAGUAUCUUCUGCAAUUUGAUCAGAAGGAGAAGGCUAGCCUCCUGGGUAGCAAGAAGGACUACUGGGAUUACUUCUGUGCGUGCCUAGCCAAGGUGAAGGGAGCAAAUGAUGGGAUCCGAUUUGUCAAGUCCAUCUCUGAGCUUCGAACAUCUCUGGGAAAAGGCAGAGCUUUCAUUCGCUACUCUUUGGUGCACCAGAGGUUGGCAGACACUUUGCAGCAGUGCUUCAUGAACGCUAAAGUGACCAGUGACUGGUAUUAUGCAAGAAGCCCCUUUCUGAAGCCAAAGAUGAGCUCUGACAUUGUGGGCCAACUGUAUGAGCUGACUGAGGUUCAGUUUGAUCUAGCGUCAAGGGGCUACGACCUGGAUGCCGCCUGGCCAACAUUCGCUAGGAGGACGCUGGCCACCAGCUCUUCUGCUUACCUGUGGAAACCUCCCAGCCGAAGUUCCAGCAUGAGCAGUUUAGUGAGCAACUAUUUGCAGACUCAGGAGAUGGCCUCCAGUUUUGACCUAAACAGCCCUCUAAACAAUGAAGCACUAGAAGGCUUUGAUGAGAUGCGACUGGAGCUAGACCAGUUGGAGGUUCGGGAGAAACAGCUACAAGAACAUGUACAGCAACUGGACAGGGAGAACCAAGCCCUUCGAGUGAUGAUCAGCAGGCAAGGGGAGCAGCUUCAGGCAGAGACGGAGAGGGGAUACCCUCCAGUGGAGGGUAACACUGGCCUCAAGGGCCUAGUGGCAGAGCUCCAGAAGCAGGGGGAGAUCACCCAAGCCACAGUGAAGAAGCUUCAGACAUGUCUGCAGGCCUUGGAGCUGAAUGUAGACAAGAAAGAAAAUAGCCACUCAACCCUGCAGUUUGAGACCAUGGCACAGGAACUUGAGGCUGUGAGAGACUCCCUGGGUAAGAAAAAUCAGCUUCUAGCCAGCCUCUCAGAUUGCCUGGCCAGGGCAGAGAAGAAGGCAAAUUCAGCUCCGGACACAAAGUUUCAUCAAGAGCCAGUUCCUGCCGACAUGGCCCUGAAGUUCCAGGAACUGAAGGGGAAACUUGAAGCCCUAGAAGGAGAAAACACCAAGGCCCAGGAACUAAACAAGCAGCAGAGUAUCAAACUAGAGCAACUGGCCAAGGAACUUCAGCUAAAGGAAAAGGCCCUGGCUGACCUAGAGCACUUAGUGAAGGAUGUGACCCCACUUCAGAAAGAGCUAUCUGGGAAGAAGCAAGAGUCAGCUCAGCUCCACCAGCAGCUACAGGAAUCCCUGGCCCACUUGAGCUCUGUGGAGGAAGAGCUCGCAGAAGCCAGGCAGCAGGAAAAGCAGCAUCGAGAAGAAAAGCAGCUGCUGCAGCAGGAGGCCAAGUCUCUGACAUGGCAGCUGCAGCUCCUAGAGACCCAGUUAGCACAGGUGAGCCAGCUUGUGAGUGACCUGGAGGAACAGAAGAAGCAGCUUAUACAGGACAGAGAUCAUCUCAGCCAGAAAGUGAGCACACUAGAGCAGCUAGGUGAAGUGCAUGGGGCCAGCAAGAAUAGGGAGGCUCUGGCCUCCAUGAGCUCUGUCUCACCACAAACUGGGGAGAUGCCAGAAGACGGGCAGCAACACCUCCAGAAAGAAGAGGUAAACGAUACCACAGUGCCAGAGGAAGACCAGAAGGAAUUGCGAAAGGUCAACCAGGAGCUACAGAAGGAGCUGCAGAACAUGGCCGUGCGCAACCAGCUCUUAGAGGGCAAACUUCUAGCCUUGCAAACUGAUUACACAGCGCUGCAGCAGCGAGAGGCAGCUAUCCAGGGCUCCUUAGCCUCUCUGGAGGCUGAGCAGGCCAGCAUCCGGCACCUAGGAGACCAGAUGGAAGCAAGUCUCAUGGCUGUGAGGAAAGCCAAAGAGACCAUGAGGGCCCAGGUGGCAGAGAAGGAAGCUGCCCUGCAGAGUAAGGAGGGUGAGUGCCGGCGACUGCAGGAAGAGGCAGAUCAGUGCCGGCUUCGGACAGAGGCCCAGGAUCAGGAACUCAGGGCUCUUGAGAACCAGUGCCAGCAGCAGAUUCAGCUGAUUGAGGCCCUCUCUGCAGAAAAAGGCCACCAGGGACUCAGCCUACCCCAAGUCAACACAACCCAUCUGGCCCUGUCUCAAGCACAGCUAGAAAUUCAUCAGGGGGAAGCCCAGCGGUUACAGAAUGAGGUGGUGGACCUCCAGGCCAAGCUCCAGGUGGCCCUAGGUGACCGGGACAAGUUACAGAGCCAGCUGGGUGUGGCUGAGACAGUCCUGAGGGAGCACAAGACCCUGGUGCAACAACUGAAGGAGCAGAAUGAAGCCCUUAACAGGGCCCAUGUCCAGGAGCUGCUGCUGUGCUCAGAGCGAGAAGGGGUACUGCAGGAGGAGAGCCUCUAUAAGGCCCAGAAGCAGGAACAAGAGCUGCAAGCCCUGCAGGCAGAGCUGUCACUGGUGAGGUGCAGCUCUGAGGGAGCUCACCUGGAGCAGGCAGAGCUGCAGGACCAGCUACACCGAGCCAACACAGACACAGCUGAGCUUGGCAUCCAGGUCUGUGCCCUGACUGCCGAGAAGGAUCGGAUGGAGGGGGCCCUGGCCAGGUUGGCCCAGGAGCUCCAGGACUCCAAAGAGGCAGCACUGCGGGAACAAAAGGGCUUGGAGCUCCGAGUGAUGGGGCUACAGCAAGAGAAGGAGGAGUUACAGGAAAAACUAAAGGCAGCUGAGGAGGCAGCUAGUUCAUGCUCUGGUCUACAGUCACAACUGGCCCAGGCUGAGCAGCUGACCCGGAGCCUCCAAGAGGCUGCACACCAGGAACGAGAUGCCCUCAAGUUCCAGCUAAGUGCUGAGAUCAUGGGCCACCAGAACAGACUGAAGACAGCCAAUGAAGAGUGUGAGAGCCUCAGGGCCCAGCUCGAAGAGCGGAGCCGGGAGCUGCAAGUGACUAAGGAGGCUGUGCACGAACUGAAGGUCACCAAGGCAGCCAUGGAGGAGAAACUGAACUGUACCAGCAGCCGUCUCGCAGAGUGCCAGGCCACUCUGCAGCACAAAGACGAAGAAAGCACGACUCUUCGAAAAAGCCUAGAAAGAACUCAGAAGGAACUUGAAAAGGCCACAUCAAAAAUCCAAGAAUAUUAUAACAAACUCUGCCAGGAGGUGACAAACAGGGAAAGGAAUGACCAGAAGAUGCAUGCAGACCUAGACGACCUGAACAGAACCAAGAAAUACCUUGAGGAACGGCUGAUAGAGCUGCUCAGGGACAAAGAUGCUCUCUGGCAAAAGUCUGAUGCACUGGAAUUCCAGCAAAAGCUCAGUGCUGAAGAGAAAUGUCUUGGGGACAUGGAAGCCAGCAACUGCCAUGACUGCAAGCGGGAGUUCAGCUGGAUAGUGCGGCGGCACCACUGCAGGAUAUGUGGCCACGUCUUCUGUUACUACUGCUGUAACAACUAUGUUAUGACUAAGCCCAGUGGCAAGAAGGAGCGCUGCUGCCGAGCCUGCUUCCAGAAGUUCAGUGAAAGCCCUGGAUCCCCUGAUAGCAGUGGCUCUAGCACUAGCCAGGGAGAGCCCAGCCCCACGGCUUCACCAGCUAAAGCAGGCCCCCAGGCCAUAGGAAACCAAGGAGCAAACUCAGUCUGCAGACCACCAGAUGAUGCUGUGUUUGACAUCAUCACUGAUGAGGAAUUGUGCCAGAUUCAAGAAUCUGGCUCCUCCUUGCCUGAAACACCCACUGAAACUGAUUCAUUGGACCCAAAUAUGGCUGAACAGGACACUACAUCAAACUCACUAACCCCUGAAGACACUGAAGACAUGCCAGUGGGGCAGGAUGCUGAAAUCUGCUUGCUGAAGUCCGGAGAGCUGAUGAUCAAAUUACCCCUCACAGUGGAGGAGAUCAUCAGCUUUGGGGAGGGUAACAGGGAGCUGUUUGUGAGGUCCAGUACCUACAGCCUGAUCCCUAUUACUGUAGCUGAGCCCGGCCUCACUAUCUGCUGGGUCUUCUCUUCUGACCCCAAGAGCAUCUCUUUCAGUGUGGUCUUCCAAGAGACAGAAGACACACCACUCGACCAGUGCAAGGUCCUCAUUCCCACCACUCGAUGCAAUUCCCACAAGGAGAGUAUCCGGGGCCAGCUGAAGGUCCGAACCCCUGGUAUCUACUUGCUUAUCUUUGACAACACCUUUUCCAGAUUUAUCUCCAAAAGAGUGUUUUACCAUCUGACUGUUGACCGGCCUGUGAUCUACGACGGAAGCGAUUUCCCAUAGCAUCAGUACCGGAACUUUAAGCUCUUUGUCAUCCACAGGAAACACUACUCCUCCUCACCCAUCUCUUUAAACAUAUAUACCCACACUCACACAAUUUUAAUUAAGAAUUAGAAACACAGAAAAUGCAAUCAGCUGUACCCCAGCUCACCAGCUCUGAAGCUCUGGCAGAGCCUUGAACUGCACCUUAGAAACUACUCUGCCAAGAUUCACAAUGUGCUUGGUUACGUGAGGCUGUCACUGUCAGUUCCCAGGGUCCCUAAGGACCAGAUGUGAGACUCAGCUAUCUUCUCACCCAAGGGACACUUUGCCAAAUGUUCGUACUCUAGAAACACCAUUGGCCUCACCUGGGAUCAUAGUUGGUAACAGUCUGCUGUGGUAUUUUUCAGGCAAAGGAUUCCCUUUGUGAAUCCUUGUGUAGUCCCAGGAGAAGGAGACCAUAGGGCCAUCACGUGGGAGAUGCACCUAAUUUCCAUAAGAAGGGGCUGCUUUCUCAUUCUCAGCAAUUUGGGGGCGGGUGCUGAACUGCACUGUCCUUCAGAGCCCUUGUCUAUUCAGGGCCUUUGCUCAGCCUGGCCACUCAGCAGCUCUAAAUCACACACAUCGCACGCACACGCACACUCACACACACACACACACACACAAGAACCAACCAGAGGUCUAGGAAAGAGCAGCCACUACCUGAAGGCUUCAGCUCUGCACAUGGAUGGCAGGAGUAGAAAUAGAGUGAACUCAGGUUGGCCUCAGAGCUCAUGUGUCAGCCCAUAGCCCAUCUUUAUUUGUAAACACCAGAGCUUCCGCCCCAUCUGCAGACGGUUGUUUACUUGUGAGUGGAGUCAGUUAAGAACCACUUUCAAUACCUGGAACCUUCCUAAAAAGUCUUUGGUAACGAAGAAGCAAUGCAGCAGAAGAGCAGGGCAUAACUUCCUUUGGGCCUCCAUCUGCCCGCCACCCCUCUUGCUCAUCAGCUCAUAUCUGAUGCUGCAGACAGCCUACUGUUUCCUUUUCUAGGACAGCUAGCUUAGAGAACUUUCUGUUCUCUGUGACCCCUUUUUACUCCCACCACCAGUUUACCUUUGCUGGCAACUUUUUGCCAUGUGAGGCCGGCGUAUGCAGCUGAGUCUUCGAAGACUGACAGGGCUCCUUGUAGGUCUGUAUGUGGCCUGAGAUUGCUGAAGACCAAAUCAUCUUACCUUUGAACCUUCCUCUUGCAAAGGGAAGACUGGAGCCAGCUUGCUUACUAGGCCAACAGUAUCCAGCACCAAGUAGGAUCUCGUUUUUAUUACUUGGCUUUUCCAGGGUAUGUUGGAGACACUGGCCAAGCUCAUGGCUUUCUGCCCGUGUCACUGUCUGCAUCAAGAGCGACCAUUCACUGAGUUACUGUUGUGUUAGGGGCCUGGGAGGUGCCUGGGGCCUUCCAUCAGACUUAAUCCUGAACUUACCAGGAGUCCCACGCAGCUCUUGUGAGGCCAGCUCAUAACUGAGGUGAGAGGCUUCAGUGCUGACUGCCCAGGACUCCGGUAGGCACUUAGCAACUCUCUGUCUUUGACAGUAUAUUUAGUUUUGUGCUGAAUGGACUUUGUACUGUGUUAUAUAUUGGUUCACUGUUCAUGUUCCCACUCACAGUUCAUGCACUAGGUUACUAGAGAACAUUUGGCCCCGUGUACGUGUGCCUUUCAUACGUAGCUUUAUUAUUUUAAGUAGUUCAUUGGAGUAACUUUUAAAAAUGCAAAUGACAAUUGAAGAAUCACUGAGAAAGAUGGUGGCCCAGCUGGACUUAAUUAUACUACAAGUCAUAAGGAAACAUCCUUGAGAUCCUGGGUCAUUCUUUUUCUAAGGACAGCUCCUUCUGUAAUGACUCAGCUAUGUUAUGAGGAAUCAUAACAGCCAUGUUAGUAGUGUUGCCAGCUGCCUGUUUACCAGACACUGAAGCCACUACUUGACUUCACCCAAGAAAUAAACCAGCUACCCAGACACAGGGAAGUAUGUCUGAGGCAGAGAUGGGGCCCUCCGUGUCUCAGUAGACUCGGAGAGCAUUGCUGACUAAGCACCCUAGAUUCCAGCUAGCCCUGGGCCAAGAAGGCAAAGGAAUUCUCAAGCAGAAAUCUGGAACUGAAAAUCUCCAUACGGUUUGGGAGGUGGAAACGAAGAGCCAUAUAUAAAUAAAGAUGUUAUUUCUGAACAGGUUCAGUUGUCCGGCAAGUAUCAAGCUACUCCUGGCCAAAAAAGAAAUCUUGCAGCUCUAGUUUGAUAUUCAUGGAGUUUUGUUUUUAAACUCAGACUCCCUGGUUCUACCUGUGAGAAUCCUUUAUACUCAGAGAACAUUCUUGGCUCAGAGGUUUUGGAAAAGGAGGCAGAGAGGAGCCAUCUUUGGUGCUCAGAACCAGGGAAUGCAAUACGAAGACCAUUGAGUGCUGCUCACAUUCACAGAAACGAACACUACUGGGUAGAAACUUAGCACAAUUUCCUCAUCGCGCCUAAUUUCUUCCAACGAAACAAAGUUAAUUCAAAAUUUCCUUUUCCCUCUCAAACACCUUUUAAAUUUCAGGAGACCUCUCUGAUCAAGGGGCGUUUUUCGACCCUUUUGACGUGUGUUUAAUCUAGAUGCCCUGCUUUUGGUGACUGCAGUGACACCGAGUCUCUGUGGGAAGGCGUGACGAUUGGAAUGCACUUUAAUUCAUUAAUCCUCGUUUUGUGUGGCCUUAUGAGAUAAUGGGUCAGGGAACCCAUUUCAUUCUUAUCUGCCAAAGAGUUACUCAGAAGCACAUCAAACACCAGCACUUCAUCUCCACAAGGGAUGAACCUUUGGUAUCACUGAAUUGUCUCCUUUAACAGUGUCUGCUGUGCCAUUUGGAAAUGUUUUUUAACCUCAGGUUUCAAAUAAAGCAAACACUGUGGCAGUUGGA